AUGGCGCAACACGGUGAAGCUCAGGACUAUUAUACGAGCGGUGCACCGCCACAGCAGCCUCAAGGCACGUACUAUGUACAGCAGCAGGCCCGGUAUGGACAACAGCCGCAGUACAAUCAGCAGCAGCAACCACCGCAGUAUGGACAGAAAUAUGCCGCACCGCAAGGACCUCCGCCGAUGCAACAACCUGCUGGCUAUGAACAGCAGAGCUAUGGCGAUAACAAACAGACCUUCGAGCAACAAUUCAAGAUUGCAAAGCCCAAGUACAACGACUGGUGGGCUGGCGUGCUGUUGAUUGCUGUGUUCUUGGGAUAUGUCGCUGUAUCUGUCAUUUCAAUCCGAGCGCAAUCCAACAGUGGAGGCAUCUACGGCAAUGCGAACCAGUUUGCGCUCAACUCGAACACAAUCAUUCUCUUCGCUUUUGUGCUUGGCAUGGCCACCGUCUUCAGCUACGCGUACAUGUGGGCGGCAAGGAAGUUCACCAAGCAGUUCAUCUGGAUUACCGGUAUCCUCAACAUCGUCUUUGGUUUCGCAACGGCCAUUUACAUGUUGUCCAGAAGAUACUGGUCUGGUGGCAUUGUCUUCCUGAUCUUCAGCGUCUUCUACGUCUUCUGCUUCAUCUCAUGGAUCCCCCGCAUUCCGUUCAGUGUCCUCAUGCUCCAGACUGCAAUCGACGUUUCGAAGAAGUACGGACAUACCUACAUCGUCUCGCUCAUCGGAGGUAUAGCAGCUGCAGCACUUGGUGCAUGGUACUCGGUCACUCUCGUAGCCAUCUACGUCCAGUAUACGCCGAACCAGAACAAUCCAUCAUGCAACAAUGGUGCAGGCGGGUGUGGCAACGGCAAAGUCAUCGGCCUCAUCGCCUUUACGACCUUUGCCAUGUAUUGGAUUUCUGAAUGGCUCAAGAACACCAUCCACACCACCAUCUCUGGAGUGUACGGUUCCUGGUACUUCAACCCCAACGCGAUGCCCAAAGGCGCCACACGUGGUGCUUUCAAGCGCGCCGUUACCUACAGCUUCGGCAGUAUUAGUCUCGGUAGCUUGCUCGUUGCCAUUAUCCAGUUCUUGCGCCAGCUCUGCUCAGCUGCUCAGCGCAAUGCUGCAAGCGAUGGCAACGUCGUUGGUGCCAUCCUGUUUUGCGUGCUCGGUUGUCUGAUCGGUAUUUUGAACUGGGCCGUGGAGUUUUUGAACAGAUACGCAUUCAGCUACAUUGCUUUGUAUGGCAAGAGCUACAUUGCAGCAGCCAAAGAUACCUGGAAGAUGAUCAAGAACCGUGGCAUCGAUGCGCUCGUCAACGAGUGUCUCAUUGGCCCCGUGCUCUCCAUGGGAUCAACAUUUGUCGGAUAUUCGUGCGCGCUGCUCGCAUAUCUUUACUUGAUCUUUACAUCCCCUGCGUACAACUCGGAUGGUGACUAUACGCCUGUCGUGGUUGCCUUUGCUUUCUUGAUCGGUCUUCAAAUCUGCAACAUCUUCACUACCCCUCUCGGUAGCGGUAUCGAUACCAUCUUCGUUGCUAUGGCGUGGGACCCUGAGGUACUCAUGAGGGAGCAUGGGGACCUAUACCACCGCAUGAUUGCAGUGUACCCCCAUGUUCAGCAAGCCAUCCAUGCUUGA